AUGCCUUUAGAGAUACAACCACUACUUAAUUUUAGUACCCUUCAUCGCUCUACUGGAUCAUCUAGGCAUUUUGGUGCCAGUUCCUCGCCGGGAAUGUUUGUUUUAGCAAAUACCACAGUAGCGGUGCCACUGACAGUUAUCAUCGUUGUCGUAGCGAGUAUUAACUGCAUCCAUUUUCUCUUACAGUUGGAGAACAUCAGUGCGUCCCUGGCUUACCUUGCUGGGGUCGGGGUGGCCCUCGACGGUCUUACGGCCAAAGAUAUUAAAGACGGCAAUCUCAAGGCCAUCCUCUCGCUCUUCUUUGCUCUCUCCAGAUAUAAGCAACAGCAAAAGCAAGCACAACAGGAACGAAAAGAACUCGAGAAACUAAGAGAGAAGAAGCAGGAGAGCGAAAUGGUGACGACCGCAGCAUCAAAGUAAGUUAUCUUACGAGACUUACAUCAUUCUCCUAAU